AUGACUUCUCAAUUCGCCUUCCGAGGAUCUCCUCCGAACCAGAGCACCAUAUCGACAGCCUCCAACAGUCCGCCGCCGUCGCAGGCGGGGAUGAGCACAGGGGCGGGCGGCGCGAGCGGCGCGGCGCGUCCGAGCUCGCCCGCCCCCACCACUCGUUGCUGCGACACCGGGAGACCUAUAUUCCAGGACCCCAUCACGGGGCAGACCGUUUGCUCGUGUCAAUACGAGUUUCUUAACUACCAGCGGCUGGCGUCCGGCGUGCCGCUGUCCAUGUACAGCGCGCCGUACCCGGACGCGGCCACGGCUGCUGGCAUGGCCGCCUACUUCCCCGCGCUGGCCGCCGACCAGCCGCCCUUCUACGCAAACACUGCAGCAGGAAUCGAGCUGAAGGAGAACCUCGCAGCAAGCGCUGCGAGCUGGCCCUACCCAACAGUCUACCAUCCUUACGAUGCCGCGUUUGCUGGAUAUCCAUUUAAUGGAUAUGGAAUGGACUUAAACGGCGCUAGGAGAAAAAAUGCAACCCGAGAAACUACAAGCACACUUAAAGCGUGGCUUAAUGAACACAAGAAGAACCCAUACCCGACCAAGGGCGAGAAGAUAAUGCUAGCUAUAAUAACCAAGAUGACUCUUACGCAAGUGUCCACGUGGUUCGCCAACGCGCGCAGACGUCUCAAGAAAGAGAAUAAGAUGACGUGGGAACCCAGGAAUAGGGUUGAUGACGAUGACAAUAACAAUGACGAUGAUGACCACAAAAGUAACGAUGGAAAAGAUGCCUUAGAUGGAAAAGAUUCUGGCACGGGUUCGAGCGAGGACGGUGACAGACCACAGCAAAGGCUAGAUCUACUGGGCCAGCGGACGGAAUCCGAGUGGUCAGAAUCACGAGCAGACAGCGGUCCAGAGUCACCAGAGCCGUACGAAAGACCUAUCCACCCGGCGUACCAGCAUCUACCAUCACGCGCACCGCCUGGAAGUACACCAGCCUCAGCCAAACCCAGAAUAUGGUCACUCGCUGAUAUGGCGAGUAAGGAUGGAGAGGCGCCAGCGCCGCCCUCAGCCGCAUCUGCCUUCUACCAGUCUGCAGCGGCAGCGGCGGCUAGACUCGCGCACCCUUAUGGAAGGCCGGAACUGUACCGAGGCCUGUAUCCUCCAACACACCCUGCAGAUGCCUUGCUGGAGUACUCGCGAUCACUGGCCUUAGCUGCCCCCGCGCCGCCCGCCCCCUCCCCGUCCUCGUCCUCGACCUCGUCCCUGGCCGAGCCCCCGCCCCCCUCCCGCGCCUGA